AUGGCUAUCACCAUACCGGAGCUGGACAACCUUGUCCGCUCCUUCUACGAAGGACGUGGCGAGCAGCAAAAGCAAGCCCAAGCCGCUCUCAACCAGUUCAAAGAAGACCAGGACUCAUGGCUCCUCGUCGACAACAUCCUCUCCGAGGCUUCCUAUCCUCAGACCAAGUACUUGGGCCUGCAGGUUCUGGACAGUGUGAUCAUGACGAGGUGGAAGGUUCUUCCCCGGGAGCAAUGCCAAGGCAUCCGCAACUUCAUCGUGCAAUUCAUUCUCCAGGUCUCGGGCUCCGAAGAGACCAUGAAAGCCCAGAAAACCCUCCUCAACAAACUCAACCUCGUCCUCAUCUCCAUCCUCAAGCAAGACUGGCCCCACAACUGGCCGACCUUCAUUAACGAAAUCAUAUCGGCAUGCCACUCGAGUCUGUCCGUCUGCGAGAACAAUAUGGUCAUCUUGCGACUCCUGUCCGAGGAGGUGUUUGACUACUCUGCCGAGCAAAUGACAUCGACCAAGACGCGCAACCUCAAGACCACCAUGUGCGCCGAGUUCUCCCAAAUCUUUACCCUCUGCCAGGAGGUUCUCAACUCGGCCACCCAGACUAGCCUCGUCAAGGCGACACUUGAGACGUUGCUGCGCUUCUGCAACUGGAUCCCUCUGGGCUACAUCUUCGAGACGAACCUUAUCGACACCCUGCGCACGCGCUUCCUUCCCGAGCCCGAGUUCAGAAAUGUCACCCUGCAGUGCCUCACCGAGAUUGGCGGCCUGCAGACGGGCGGCCCCGGGCAGCCAAACUCGUACGACGAGCAGCUGGUCAAGAUGUUCACCGAGGUUCUUAGUACCAUCUCUAACAUCGUCCCCAUCACCAUCGACCUCAAGACAACGUACCCUACCUCAAACUCCAGGGAUCAAGAGUUUGUCCAGAACAUGGCUUUGUUCCUCUCCAACUUCUUUGGCAUGCACCUAAGCCUUAUUGAGAACUUGCCGAACCGGGAUUACCUUGCUCACGGACACUUCUAUCUGAUCCGUAUAUCGCAAAUCGAGGACCGUGAGAUCUUCAAGAUCUGCCUCGACUACUGGCUGAAACUUGUCAACGAGCUCUACGAUGAGAUGCAGCAGCUCCCCAUGACCGAGCUCAACCCGCUGAUGGGUAUGGGCGGUGGCUUGUCCAACGCGGGCGCACCCAACCCGGCGCUGUUGGCAAACUACCCGUUACGUAAGCACAAAUACGGCGAAGUUCUGUCAAACCUCCGCCAGGUCAUGAUUGAAAAGAUGGUCCGUCCCGAAGAGGUUCUCGUCGUCGAGAACGACGAGGGAGAGAUUGUUCGCGAAUUCGUCAAGGAAAGUGACACGGUCCAGCUCUACAAGACUAUUCGCGAAUGUCUCGUGUACCUCACACAUCUAGACGUUACCGACACGGAGAACAUCAUGACCGAGAAGCUGGCACGCCAAGUUGACGGCACUGAAUGGUCGUGGCACAACUGCAACGUGCUUUGCUGGGCCAUUGGUUCGAUUUCCCUGGCCAUGAACGAAGAGACGGAGAAGAGGUUCCUCGUGACUGUCAUCAAGGAUCUUCUUGGCCUGACCGAGAUGAAGCGUGGCAAAGAUAACAAGGCCGUCGUCGCCAGUAACAUCAUGUACAUUGUCGGCCAGUACCCUCGUUUCCUGAAGGCGCAUUGGAAAUUCCUUAAGACGGUUGUCAAUAAGCUUUUCGAGUUCAUGCACGAGUCGCACGAGGGUGUUCAGGACAUGGCUUGCGACACCUUCAUCAAAAUUGCUAGGCAAUGUCGCCGUCACUUCGUCGCUCUACAGCCUAGUGAGAAUGAGCCGUUUAUCGAGGAGAUUGUUAGAAACAUGCAUAAGAUCACUUGUGAUCUGACACCUCAGCAAAUUCACACCUUUUACGAGGCGUGCGGCUACAUGGUAGCUGCCCAGGGCAACAAGCACCAGCAGGAGAGGCUACUCAGCGACCUUAUGGCCAUCCCCAACGCUGCUUGGGACGAGGUCAUCAAGACGGCCAGGGCGAACCCGACCUUCCUUCAGGACUCGGAGACGAUCAAGAUCAUCGGCAACAUUAUGAAGACGAACGUAUCUGCCUGCUCGUCAAUCGGUCCCUACUUCUACCCCCAGAUCGGCCGUAUCUUCCAUGAUAUGCUGCAAAUGUAUCAAGCAACCAGCCAGCUCAUUUCGGAGGCUGUUCAGAACCAGGGCGAGAUCGCCACGAAGAUGCCCAAUGUCCGGGGUCUGCGUACGAUCAAAAAGGAGAUUCUCAAGCUCAUCGAGACCUAUGUGGAGAAGGCCGAGGAUCUCAAUGCUGUUCGUCAACAGAUGGUGCCUCCCCUGCUUGAGUCCAUCCUCACCGACUACAACCGCAACGUGGCCGGCGCUCGUGAUGCUGAGGUCCUCAAGGCCAUCUCGGCCAUAAUCACCAAACUCUCCAGCCUCAUGGAGGACCAGGUUCCCAACAUUAUGGAGAACGUCUUUGAGUGCACCCUAGAGAUGAUCAAUAAGGAUUUCUCCGAGUUUCCGGAGCACCGUGUGGAGUUUUUCAACCUCCUCCGGGCCAUCAACUUGCACUGUUUCCCUGCGCUGUUGAAGUUGGACAACCGACAGUUCAAGUUCGUCAUCGACUCGUGCUCUUGGGCUUUCAAGCACGACAACCGUGACGUCGAGGCUGCUGGUCUCAACAUGUGCCUUGAGCUCAUCAACAACAUUGCCGAAACCGAUGUGCAGACGUCGAACGCCUUCUUCCAGCAAUUCUUUAUCACGAUUCUUCAGGAUGUGUUCUUCGUCCUCACCGAUACCGACCACAAGGCCGGCUUCAAGACACAGUCGAUGAUUCUGAUGAGGAUGUUCUACUUCGUGCACCCCGCCGAUGGUACUUCCCCCAAGAUCCAGGGCCCCAUCUACCCGCCUGAUCAGGCCCCUGGCGGCACGCCUAACAAGGAGUUCCUGGCCAACUUUGUUGCUCAGCUCCUCAAGGGAGCUUUCCCCAACCUCCAGCCUGCACAAAUUGAAAGCUUCGUUGAGGGUCUGUUCAAUCUCAACACGACAUACGACAAGUUCCGUCUUAACCUUCGUGACUUCCUCGUGUCCCUCAAGGAGUUUGCUGGCGACAAUGCCGAACUGUUCCUCAUUGAGAAGGAGCAGCAGGAGAAGGAUGCUAAGGCAGCCGACUUUGAGCGUCGUGGCAAGGUCGGCGGUCUGCUGAAGCCCUCGGAGCUCGAGGAUGACGAGCUGUGA